UUCAACUCUUGGUCUUUUGACAAGUCUCAGUCAUCUUGAUUUACAUUCAAAUCAAAUCAACGGUACCAUCCCUUCUGAAAUAUAUAAUCUGAAGAAUUUGAUGGUUCUGCAUUUGGGUACAAACAAUCUUUUUGGUCCUAUUUCUUCUAAAAUUGGAAACCUAAAAAAUGUGGUUUCUCUAAACCUUUCUCAUAACUUGCUCAUUGGUCCACUCCCUCAUACGUUGGUUUGUUGGACAAACUUGAACCUUCUCUCUCUUGCUUCCAACCAAAUCAAUGGCUCCAUUCCCCUAGAAAUAGGAGAACUGAGAGAACUGAGGCACUUGGACCUCUAUAAUAAUAGCCUUACUGGUUCAAUCCCCUUAGAAAUAUGGAACUUGACAAAGUUGGUUUUUUUGGAUCUUGGUCUUAACAAUCUCAUUGGUUCAAUUCCCUUAGAAAUACGGAAUUUGACAAAACUAGAAUUUUUGGAUCUAUCAAGUAACUACAUAUCUGGAAUCAUUCCAGAGGAGCUUACUCAGUUAACCCCAUUGCAAUAUCUUAAUCUUUCCUUUAACAUUCUUUUUGGCGAGAUACCACAAGAUGUAAAAAACUUUUCUAGUCUUUUUGUUCUCGACCUCUCCCACAAUAAUCUAACCGGAUCCAUCCCAAUGCAACUUGUCUACUGCUAUUCUUUGAAGCAAUUGGUUUUGAGCUACAACCAAUUACAUGGAGGCCUCCCUUUUCAAGUUAUAUACAAUGUGCCUGCUUUUGUCGACCUUAGUCAUAACCUGCUUAUUGGAAAUAUACCUCCUGGACCUGGGGACUACUCAUUCUUUCGCCACUUGGAUCUCAGCUUUAAUAAUCUCACUGGUACCAUUCCUGAAAGUCUUGUUUACCUAUGCCAAUUGAACAUGUCUUACAACUCUUUGGAAGGUCAAAUCCCAGAUAACUUUUGGAGAUAUAAUACCCUUGAGUCAGUUAUGGGCAACAAGGAUUUAUGCAGUGAUCAAAUCUCAGGCUUACCUCAUUGUGUUCAAUCUUCCCUAAUCAUUAUUCGCUCCACAAAGAUUAAGAAACUCAAUGACACUAAGAUCAUUGUUCUCAUUAUCGUUACACUUGGCUUUUUCUUACUAGGAAUUGUGUUCCUCUCUCGUCAUAAGAUAGUUAGGAACACUGAACAUGAGUCUAAACCAAUGAAGAAUGGAGAUUUAUUCUCAAUAUGGAAUUAUGAUGGAAAUAUUGCAUUUAAAGACAUCAUUACAGCAACAGAGGAUUUUGAUAUUAGAUAUUGCAUUGGAACUGGUGGUUAUGGCAGUGUUUACAAAGCAACCUUACCUAGUGGAAGGGUAAUUGCCCUUAAAAAACUUCACCGUUUAGAAUCUGAAGAGCCAGCUUUUGAUAAGAGUUUUAGGAAUGAAGCCAAAGUCUUGUCUGAAGUUCGUCAUCGUAACAUCGUGAAGCUUUAUGGAUUCUGUCUACAUAAACGAUGCAUGUUUUUGAUUUAUGAGUACAUUGAAAGAGGAAGUUUAUUGUAUGUCCUAAGCAAUGACGUUGAAGCCAAGGAAUUGAAUUGGAAGAAACGUGUGAACAUCAUUAAAGGCAUAGCAAACGCUUUAUCAUACUUGCAUCACGAUUGCAUUCCAACAAUUGUCCAUCGAGACUUGACUACCAACAACAUUUUACUAAACUCGAAAUUUGAGGCAUUUGUUGCAGAUUUUGGCAUAGCUAGACCCUUAAAUCCCAAUUCCUCCAAUUUAACCACACUUGCUGGCACCUACGGAUAUAUUGCCCCAGAACUUGCUUACACCAUGGUUGUGAAUGAAAAAUGCGAUGUCUAUAGCUUCAGUGUAGUGGUGCUAGAAACAAUAAUGGGAAGGCAUCCAGGAGAGCUUAUUUCCUCUUUGGCAUCAUCAUCCACUCAACAUAUCAUGCUCAAAGAUGUCUUAGACCCUCGCCUCUCACCUCAUAUCAACCAAACAAUUGCUCAGAGUGUGGUUCUACUUGUAACGCUGGCAUUAGCAGGCCUAUGUUCCAAUCCCAAAUCCCGCCCCACAAUGAAACAAGUAUCACAGGAGCUUUCUAUUCUAAGGGUGUUGAAUUUCAUGUCUUUAUGGAAUGAAGUGCCUGUCAUUUUCAUGAUGGCAUUUAUGAGGGCCAAUGGCUAGUCGUUCGUUGGUAAGUGUAUGUUACUCGUCAUUCAUUGCUGCCAUUUAAUUCUUUGUCAAGUCGUCCAUUAUCAACUUGAAUGAUCGUUACUUUUUUCUUUUUCUUUUUUUUUUUUUUUGAGAGAAUAAUCGUUACUUAUUUAUGAUUAUUAGUUAUGUUUCUUUGAUGACUUGCCGGUGACACAAGGUUUUCCACCUUAUAUGUUACCAAUUUUACUGUAAUUGAUGGGAUCGAUGAACCCUUUGGCUCAGACGAACUUAUUAGACAUCUCCAUCCACCACUCCACAUCACUAAUGAAUGGAGACAAGUCAUUUAAUGUGGUAUACAAUACCUCGAACGGUUACGAUACUAGUUGUAUAGACCGUUGGAGGCCCAUCAAAGCCUACAUUACUGAGCCUGAAGGUGUUACCAAAAAGAGGCAUUAAAGCCACAAUAAAAGCCAUAACGGCUAAAUGCUGUGAAACCAUAUAUAAACACUCAUCAAAACCAAAACAAGGUACAUACAAUCCCAAAUACAAAAAUACUCCAUAGCUUUGAUCUCUGAUACUUUCUUGAGGCUUCCAUACGCUGACUUUAUCAUCAGAGACUCUCUGGCAGGCACCACACCGGUGACCACCUAAAGAGAACUUUGUGCAACAUUUUCAGGUACAGGGACGAGGUUGCCGGCUCAUCUGGACGAGUCUACUUGAUUGACAAUUUUUGCUUCAUCAGUUUGGUACAGUCUGUGGGAACGAUAUUUUCGUACCUAGGUUCGAGAAUGUAGUUCCAUUCAACUUACAAGUCCAGAUGGAGCCCAACGCUCUCCAGGAUUCUGCAAUGUUAGCUCUGCAAAUCCAAACACUCAUAGCCAACGUGGAAGAGCUUACCCGACAAAACCAAGAAAUGAGAUUACAGCUGCAGCAAGAGGAGACUGCUUUUAUAAAUAUAAAGUGACUGCUUAUAUAUAUAUAUAUUGAUGGGCUUGGGAGCAAUGGCUUAUGUUUUAUGGUCUUCCAAACUGUCUUUCAUAGUCUGGUCGCUCAACAUAGGAGUCUUUUCAUUAAAAUAAUGGGUCCUUCUUUUUGGGUUUAGGCUCAUCAUCAGGCCUUCUAGGACCAAAUGGGCCAAUAUGGGAAAGUUGUGCCCAGUUUUGAAUUAAACUUAUCGUAGGAGGAUGUGGACGUGAAUGAUGAUAUACCAUUGGAUUGUGGUUUUUCUAUAAAAUGUUGGCAUCACUUUAGUGUCUCAGCCUAAUUUUGGGCUUUGUUGGAGGGGGGAAUCACACAAGCCCAUUAUUUUGUG